UCCCAGGACGUGGCUAAAGAAAGCAUCUGAACUAAGGAGGAGGGGAAAGGGGGAGAGAGAGGGAGGGAGGGAGAGAAAGAAAGAGAGAGAGAGUCAAAUUACUAAAGACAGACAGAUUCUGAACAACACUGAACAGGCUCAGAAACGCAAAAGCGAAUCUCUUUAUUACCGGAGUGUAGCUCGCUGCAGUUGCUCUGAAUCGAGACAGAGGGAGGGAAAAAAGGAGCAAGAUUGCAAACUUGGGCAGAAAGUCAGAGGCAGCAGACUAUUGAAGAGAACUCGAAGUUGCUUCAACAUGGCUCACUCAACCCCACUGAAUGGAGUGGACGGACACAAGGAUCCUUUGAUAGAGUUGUUUGUUAAGGCUGGGAGUGAUGGAGAAAGCAUCGGUAACUGCCCCUUCUCUCAACGACUCUUCAUGAUCUUGUGGCUCAAGGGUGUGGUUUUCAAUGUCACAACAGUUGAUCUUAAGAGGAAACCAGCUGACCUGCAAAACCUGGCUCCUGGAACACACCCACCAUUUAUAACCUUCAACGGAGAGGUGAAAACCGAUGUUAAUAAGAUCGAAGAAUUCCUUGAGGACGUCCUGGCUCCACCUAAGUACUUGAAGCUCGGCACAAAACACCCAGAAUCCAACACAGCCGGGAAUGAUAUCUUUGCAAAAUUCUCGGCUUUCAUCAAAAACUCCAAGCCAGAAGCUAAUGAAGCUCUGGAGAAAAGCCUGCUAAAAACCCUGCAGAAGUUGGAUGAGUAUCUGAACACAGCCCUUCCCGAAGAGAUUGAUGCUGACAGCAUGGAGGAUAUCAAAGCCUCCAGCCGCAAGUUCCUGGAUGGAAAUGAGAUGACACUAGCAGACUGUAAUUUGCUCCCCAAACUUCACAUUGUCAAGGUUGUAACAAAGAAAUAUCGGAACUUUGACAUUCCAAAGUACAUGACGGGAAUUUGGCGGUACCUGCAGAACGCUUACACCAGGGAUGAAUUCACAAACACCUGCCCUGGAGACAAAGAAAUCGAAAUUGCUUAUGCGGAUGUUGCAAAACGCCUCAGCAAGUAAUGACCAGCAGGGCCAGCACAAGCACCAACUAACAGAAAAGCUUUUGUUAAUAGACAAUGCUUUCCUUUUAUUGCAUGGUAUGGCAAGUUGUCAGAUAUAAUUUUAUAUCUUUUAUUGGAUUAUAACUUCAGGUAUCUCAGUUUUUACAUUUUUUUAUAUAUACAUAUUUUAGGAAGGGCUUUCAAUGUUCCUGCCAGGCAAGCCAGCGAUUGCUCCGGUGAUCAUAACAAUAAGGUGAUUGAUACGCAAGAAGGAGUCGAUUUUCCGUGUGACAUUGUUAUUAUAGGAAGCUGUGCCUGUAAGACCUUGCACUGUGAAUGGUCAUUCUAUCAGCUACGUCAAAAAUAGCAAAAUGACUUUGUUUAUCUUACAGUCAAUUUUGAUCACAUUUAAAUAUAGAUAUUACAAACCAAUCUUGGCCUCAAAAAUUAACAGUUUGCAGUGCCUAACUUGUUAAGUUCACAGCAGUUAUCACAAAUGCCUAAGUGUAAUCACCUUUCAUCAAGCAAGUAACUUGAAAGCCCUGGCAUAGGUAUUAUGAAGGAUAUACACAUUAAGUCACAAAAUAUUAUAACAGUAUUCUAUGGAUUUAUUUUAUUAAUAUAUCUAUAAUGCUGCAACAAUCCUCUAAUUUGUGGUUGAUUGACUACUCAUGAGCUUCACUUGCCCCACUAUUAAAUUUAAUUCGUAACUGUUUUGAUGUUUUCUUUCUUUUCUUCAGUCUUACUGAUAUUUUGAUAAGUUAACAGAAGAAUCCGUUUCCGUGGAAUCAUAUAGUUGCUGUAAGGGCCAGGUAAAUCAGAAAUGGAAUGAAAUCAACUUUGAAGUAAAACGUAGUCAUGAGUGGCGGAGUGGGCCAUGCAACUUUGGAGUUUAUGGGAUCUUUUGUAAGAUUUUUUCAAGCGAAAGUUAGUCUUAAAGGGCUAAAAUAGAAACAACUGGAUUUCUCUCUCCAUGUACUCACGUAAUUUCAAAAGAGAUUGGUUUAUUUGAAUCCAUGCAGGCAAAUUCAAUGAAUAACCUCAACUUGUGAGGAUAUAUCUUGUGUUUAAGAGGGAACUGCAGAUGCUGGAGAAUCGAAGGUUACACAAAAAAGCUGGAGAAACUCAGCGGGUGCAGCAGCGUCUAUGGAGCGAAGGAAAUAGGCAACAUUUCG